AUGCUGCUGCUGCUGCUGCUGCUCAACGCGCUCUGGCGCAAGGCCGCGGUGGCCACCCCCAAUAGCGCUGCCAUCUUCAACUGGAACACACACUCGAGAACGAGAAGAAAGUCCAACACACUCCUCGCGGCCCGCAAACACAUCCCUUGGUGUCUUUCGCAUACAGGUGAGCUUCCUUCGCUGUUCUGUUCACAACAGCAUCUGCCAAAGACUUCAAUUCUGCACGGCCUCGUGGUAUCGGCCUUCCGUGAGCGUCGUCAGUCUCACAGUCGCUUUGCGUCCUUCAGAGAACGUAUCGAAACUAGGUCGUGCCCCGCAUCUAAAGGGAUGGCGCUUGGUCGUGGCCAUGCGGUCCGCACCACGGGCAUGUGGGUCGGCUAUGGUCUCAUGGGGUUCGCGGCUGUCAUGCUCCUCUUCAACGCCAUGUUCCCCAGCCCAACCGAACCGGCUCGUGCCCCGCGCCGCCUUCAAAGCCAGGCGGGCGCCAAGGAUGCAUCGGGUGAAAUCAGAUGGCAGUCCACCCGCGACAACGUGCCAGUGGUCGUGACGGCGUGCCCCCUUGAUGAAGCUGAGCUGGCACUCACGUUGAGUUCCAUUCUGCGAGCCAAUCCUGCUGGCGCGGCCCCAGUCAUUCACGUCAUCUCCAAUGACCCAGAAGCCGCGCACACCAUCGCUUACCGCGCGCAGCAACAGACCGACGUCGAGGUGACCGUGUUCCCGUCCCCCAUCUCCAGCUGGGCAGCUUUCAUGGGCGAUUUAGUCCAUGGCCUCAACUCGUCUGCAGCUGGCAGCGCCGAUGCCGUGGCCCUUCUUCCGGCAGGGAGCACCGUCCAUCCCGAUGGAUUCUUCCCUUGGUUGCAUGAGACUCGACGAUUACUGCAGGCGGAUGCCACCCUGGUGGGCGCCAGUCUGGCGUCGUUUGCCCAUCGAGCCGGCGAUAUUGAGCUGCCCUCCAUGUAUCCUUUUGCACACACGACAUGCCAGGCGCGCGGUGGCUUGGUUGCCAGCAUAUCCCGUUGGCAACAGCUGGCCGCGGCCGCGGCCGUUCGGGCCUCUGGGCAGGUCGGCAUGCAGCAGCUCGAUCUGGCCGCCCAAAGUUUAUGCAGCGUGGAAAAUCUGCUGGCGCUGUUCCCUCCGGCUGGCCAAGCUUGCAUUCUAGACUCGCAUGCCGGGGCCCUCAGCGCCGAUGCCGAAUCAACGCGACGAACAGGGGCGCGCUUUGCGCUUCCCUGUGCACAAUGGGUCAAUCGCAUCCGCCAACUGCGGGUGAACGAUCUCAACGUAGUUGACGAAGGUGAGCGCGUUUGGACGCCGGCUGCCCGCGAGGUAUGUGGAGCAGAGAUGACACCGCGCGUGCGCCCGUCGGGGCUCGAGUGCUGUCCCGUGGGUGCUACUCGUGACUGCACUGCGCGGCCCAAAACACCCCUGCGCAUCAUGUUGCAUCAUGCAUGCGAGCUUCCCGCGGGCCUCCUGGUUCACACUCUCAAGCACCUGGCAUCUGAGACGGUGGAACGCCAGACGGCAGACUUGGACGUGGUGUUGGUGCGCGGCGACGCCGCCGACUGUACCAUUGCGCUACAGAGCCUCGAGCGUUGGCGCUGGGCCCACGGAUAUAUCCGCAUUAAUCAAACAGAUGACCGGCGCAUCACGGGCGACCCGGCGGGUAGCCUGGGUGCGCUCUGGCCAGCGGGACCGGACGAUGUGGAGUCGAGUCAGAUUGAUCUCUUUGUGAUGUCUGGGCUUGAGGUAUCACCCUUGGCAACAAAUUGGAUUCGCAGUACCCUGCAACGCUACAGCCGCACCCUUCCCGUGGGCGGUGCCACGCUGUUACCCACUCGGCACCAGGUUCGAGUUGAGCAAGCCGAGCUACGCCCCGUCAUUAGCGCCAUCCCACCGCUGGACGGGGUAGCCCUGUCGUCCAGCUCACGUGCUCAGUUUACGCGCUGGCUGGGGCAAUCGCUGAGCCGCUCCACCCUAUAUGAUUAUCGCCUCAAUCCUGAGGACGGCCUCUCGUUGACGGCUGCCUUUCGGCGAUGCGUGGCUCUUUUUUGGCAGCAGCAGCAUCAGUUUGCAGUGCAACCGAGUGGUGCGCUACUGGCGCGACGCUACACGGACGAGCAACAGGUGGCGGCGCCCCUGGCUAGUGCAGCGCACACGGUGGAGCUUCCGGACGUCCCUUCUGCAGUGGAUGCCAACGGCGAUCCGAUUGCACUGUGUCUGCACGGGCCCUGCCCCUCUCAUGCCACUUGUCAAGACACUUUGAACGGGGCCAUGUGUGUGUGCCCCGUCAACGCCGCCGACUACGAGACAUGUGUGCGGCAGCUCGAGUCCCCGUCAGGCUCGGAUCGCCCCGUCCUCUUGACGGACGAGCAGGCCAUGCACAAUCUGCUGCAGCACGUGAGCGAGAACAACGCCGUGACCGUCAUGACGGUGACCAGCGGCUUUGUGGACUUUGCCACCAAUUUGCUAAUGAGCAUGACGCGGGUCGGCGUGAACAACUUUAUCAUCAUAGCUGAAGACUACACCUCCUAUCAGCGCCUCAACGCACGAUAUCCCCACCGGGUUGUUCUGCCUAAUUUGCGUACCAUGAUGCAGGGCAUGAGCGGCAGGAGCGGCGCCGAUGUGGCCGAUCGCACAGGCUUUAGCUAUGCCAGCAAGCAGUACAAUGAAAUUGUGGGCCGGCGUCCGCGCUAUCUUCUCGGCAUUUUGCGCAUGGGGUUUGACGUAUUGUACACGGAUACAGACACGGUGUGGCUCGAGAAUCCAUAUCAUCAGUUCCAGGCGGGAUAUGACAUGCAAAUUUCCAGCGAUAAAGAGGAUGAGACCUUUGAUCCUUGGCAUAUGUUGUGCACCGGCUUUAUGUUCCUCCGCAGCAAGCGGCCGGUGAUGGCUUUUCUAGACGAGUGGCGGCGCGCUCUGGAGGCCGCCCAAGGCGUGACGGUGAACCAGUAUGUCUUUAACGACAUUUUCAAUCGCAAAUACCGGGAGCAAAUCCCAACUCGCCCGCUGCCUGACCGCAAGUUUCCGAGCGGCGCACUCUACUUUGACAAGUACUGGCGUAGUGCUCAGCCGGAGCAACCCACGGUUGUGCACAACAACUUUAUCGUUGGUGCUGAUGCAAAGCGGCAACGCUUUCAAAAGCUGGGCUUGUGGUAUGUGGGGCAGAGCAAGAAUGUCAAUGGCGUCUAA